AUGUCAAUUCUCACCGGACGGACCAAGCAUGAUUGGACCGGUGCUGGUCGAGCCGAGGGGGGAUGGAUCGAGUCUAGGUGGACCGGCGCUGGUCCGAGGUGGGUCAGACCGAGUCCGGGUGGACCAGUACUGGUCGACCCGAAGUGGGUCGAGCCGGACACCAACCAAAUCCAACUGACCAACCAUCGAGAAGGACAGACAGCAAGGGAUCUGCGUGCUGAAAGAGUGCGUAUGGGCCGAUCAGCGCCCCCGGCGGGCCUUCAAGGGCUCCACACAUGA